AUGCCGCCAAAACGUGGAGGGAAACCCGCAGCUAGAGUGCAGCCAAGAGUGAGGGCUGAGAGCCCAGUGCGUGAUGAACAGCCGGAAGUCGUGCAUGCUAAUGUAGCUCGAGCAGGGGAAGCUAAUGAGAUGGCUAUGUUUGAGCAAUUUCGCCGGUUCCAGGAAUUCAUGCAAAGGGAGCCAAAUUUGAGAGGAGCACCAGAGGUGGUUCCACCGCAGCAGGAUGCACCACAACAUGAUGCACCAGAAUGGGUAGUCCCGCCUCAGCAACCACCACCGCCUCCACCGCUGGUCCAGGUGCAGGGUCCGUCAUACUGGGAGGCCAUGAGAAAUUUGAAGGACAUGGGCAUGGAGCCUUUUGGUGGAAAGUCUAAUCCUAUUGAUGCUGACAAUUGGAGGAAGAGACUGGAGAGGAAUUUUGAUAAUGCUCGGUGUCCGCAUGAGUAUCGCUUGGACUUGGCAGUGCAGUAUCUGAAGGAUGAGGCAUUGGUAUGGUGGGAGAAGGUGGUAGACCAGGCACAUGGACGAUAUGAGCUGACUUGGGCAGAUUUCAAGACCGAAUUCUCAAGGAAGUAUUUUCCCAGAGAGGCUAUGGAUCGUAUGGAGGAGGAGUUCCUGGAACUUCGUCAGGGCACCAUGACUGUGAGGGAGUAUGAAAGGGAGUUUGAUCGACUGAGCAGGUUUGCUGGCAGAUUCAUGAAUGAGGAUGAGUUAAUUCGCAGGUUUCUGAGAGGUUUGAGGAUUGAGCUCAAGAAUCGGUGUGAGAUGUAUGACUACCGCAGUAAGAUUGACUUGGUAGAGAAAGCUGCUAAUUUGGAGAUUGGGUUGGAAAAGGAGAUGAGUCAGAACAAGGCAGCACAGGCGAGACUUGCAAAGGGUUCUAGCUCUAAUAAGAGGACUUGGGAUGCAACAACUGUGAGAACUCCAUUAAUGUGUUUCGGGUGCAACCAGCCGGGUCAUGUUCUGAAGGAUUGUACUCGAACUAGGACCAUCAGGAGUUGUUACGAAUGCGGUCAGGAAGGACACAUUGCAAGAUUUUGCCCGAGAAAAGUUGGGAGACAGCAGGUCAACAAUCGUCCUAGAGAGCAGUUGCCGCGACCUCCAAAACGUCAAAAUGUUGGACCUCGUGUGAUGAUGGCUGAGACUGAGGAGGAUGAGGACAAUGAGCCAAUAGCUGGCGUUACUCAGAAUUGGAGCUUUGAUGGUGAAUUUAUCCCAAAGGCAAAGAGGAUUGGUACUGUGGGAAAGGAAAAAUUGGGUUCUACCGGAGUUCACAAGGAUGUUCCUAUCAUGAUAAACAGAGAAGUACUGCUUGGGAAUCUUGCAGAAAUGGAGAUUAAUCAUUAUGACGUGAUUCUCGGGAUGAAUUGGUUAAAGAAGCACCGAGCUGUAUUGGAUUGCCACAGAGCACGUGUGCAUUUCUCGAGACCGGAGGGGAAGAUAACAUUUCAAGGCGUAAAAAUGGGUGGAGGGGUUUCCAUCAUAUCCAUGAUGCAAGCUGAGGAGCUGAUAGAGAAAGGAAAUGAUGCCUUUCUAGCUACGAUUUCUGUAGUGGGGGAGGAGAUGGAGCUUGGAGUUGAUAAUAUUCCUAUAGUGGCAGAGUAUGCGGACGUCUUUGAGUCUUUAAAAGGGCCGCCACCAAGCAGAGGAGAUGCCUUCACUAUUGAACUAGAGCCUGGGACGGCACCUGUAUCACGCGCACCUUACCGUCUGGCACCUGCAGAAAUGGCAGAAUUGAAGAGUCAGUUGGAGGAUCUUACAGAUAAAGGGUUCAUUCGGCCGAGUAGUUCACCGUGGGGAGCACCAGUGCUAUUUGUGAAAAAGAAAGAUGGUAGCUUCAGACUUUGCAUUGAUUACCGGGCAUUGAAUAAGGUUACCAUCAAAAAUAAGUACCCGUUGCCUCGAAUUGAUGAGUUGUUGGAUCAGCUACAGGGAGCUUCAUGGUUCUCAAAGAUUGAUUUGGCAUCCGGGUACCAUCAGAUUUCAAUAGCAGAGGAAGACAUAAGAAAAACAGCCUUUCGGACGAGAUAUGGACACUACGAAUUUGUAGUAAUGCCGUUUGGGUUGACUAAUGCACCAGCCGCGUUCAUGAAGAUGAUGAAUAAUGUUUUUCGGGAGUACUUGGAUAAGUGUGUGAUAGUAUUCAUCGAUGACAUUUUAAUCUAUUCUAAAAGCCGUGAGGAACACGAGGAACACCUACGGAUAGUGUUGGACAAACUGCAGGAACAAUAG